GUGCGCUGUAUCCCUCGGUCACAGCGGAUCACCGAUCAUGGAAAGAGCCGAAGAUGUCGGCUCAGUCAUGUGAUCAGCUGUGUUCAAUCACAGCUGAUCACAUCAGCGCCACCUGUCAGUGUCCAUCAGUGCCACAUCAAUGCCACAUAUCAGUGCCUACCAGUGCACAUCAAUGCCACAUAUCAGUGCCUAUCUGAGCUGCCUUUCAGUGUCACCCAUCAGUGCCAGUCAGUGCCACCUAUCAAUACCAAUCAGUGCCGCCAAUCAGUGCCACCUAUCAGUGCGCAUCAGUGCCGCCUAUCAGUGCCUGUCAAGGCUGCCUAUCAGUGCCAGUCAGUGCCGCCUAUCAGUGCCAUAUAUCAGUGCCAUGUAUCAGUGCUGCCUUUCAGUGCCCAUCAGUGAUGCCUGUCAAUGCCCAUCAGUGCCACCUACCAGUGCCUCCUUAUCAGUG